GACCUCCUUACCCCGUGACCAGCACGACCUUCUGCAGACCGCUUGCUCCCAAACUCAUCCUGCAUAUAUCCUGCUGUAAUUCUUACUGGCGACUCCAGCCCUCGUCAUGACUUCUGCUCAACAUUCUUCUAUUCCCGCCGGCGCAUCUACCAGCGUUAGUCAGAAUUCACCUGUACCAGUUACAGUUUCUGCUUCAAAUGGCGAUCGCAUUCCCUUGCAAAUAGAGGGUAUGGAUGCUACUCAAGUCUCUAAUCUUCUCAAGACCCUACCCAGUCUAUUCCACAAGUCUCCUGCUCAGGGCGAUAUGACCGGGGAGGCCGCUCAAUCUUUGCAGGCUCUCGCUCAAGCCGGAUUGUUCCCCCUUCAAAAUCAACUUCAGCACCCCAUACCAUUCCCCGGCGACCCUGGCCCUUCUUCACAUCCCCGCGGUCCUCCUAACCUUGGACACUUGUCUGCGGCCGCGGCAGCUGCAGGUCAAACCCCUCCGGAUGCUUCUCACACACAGGAUGGAGGCGAUCCUCUCAGUGAUACAGAUAUGGGAGAACAGUCAGCUCCACAACCGGCGUCUGGAUCCACAGGAAGAUCCCGGGCCGCCAGGAGCGCUGCGAUGGGCACCGAUGAAUGGACCCGCCAGCGUAAAGAUAAUCAUAAAGAAGUCGAGCGUCGACGCCGAGGGAAUAUCAACGAAGGCAUUAACGAACUCGGUCGCAUAGUACCAAACAGUUCUGGCGAGAAGGCAAAAGGCGCAAUUCUUCAGCGUGCUGUGCAGUAUAUCCAUCAUUUGAAAGAAAAUGAGGCGCGCAACAUUGAGAAAUGGACACUAGAGAAGUUGCUCAUGGAUCAAGCAAUGGGUGACCUACAAGCACAGUUGGAGGACAUGAGGAGGUUAUGGGAGGAGGAACGCAUCGCACGACAAAGAGCAGAGAACGAGCUCGAUGUGUUGAGGGGUGUAUCGGGCCAGGCUCCAACCAUUCCAUAUAAAUCUCGGUCACGUUCAGUUGAGCGAGGUCAGGAUGCGCCGUCCAACAGAGGUCCAUUUGGUGAGAGUGAAGUGCGAACAGAGCUUGGGAAUCGACCAGAGGAAGGCGGUGGUGAUGACUCAGAAGGCAGGCCCGGGAAACGUGCGAGGGUUGAUUGAGGUCAUGUAGUUCACAUUUUCUUUUUCAGCUGUAUUGAUAGCACCCAUAAAUCUUAUCUCUCUUUGUCUAGUGCCUUUUCUAGACAUUCCGAGUCCUAUCAUAUUAUCAACGUACACCUGGUGUACGGAGGCAAAAUUCAUGCGUGGAAGAAACUCCGUAUAAUUCGUUGUCCCCGGGUCUUGGCAGUGGGGAAGUUGCCGCUUCUUGGCGCUAUAUCUCCUGUCGCAUGAGCGGCGAACCCUCGGUUCUAGCCUUCGCGGGAAAGCCUGCGCUUCUUGCAUAAGACUCAUUGGUGCAAAGAUUUCUGUCAUGCUACCAUAUUGAUCUUGAUCCAACAGUAUGCUAAUCUAUUCC